AGUGUCAAAGCAUUAGCCAAACGUUUCGAUAUGAUUGUGCCGCAAACAAAAAUCACCUCUGAUAUGGAUAUGGUCUCUUUGAAACCGGAAACCAUGGAUCAACGUAGCUCACCCCUCUCCGAUGAAGGUUGUAAUUUGGGCCACAGCCCCUAUAGCUCGGAUGAUGACAAUGAUUCCAUACGUACCACACAAACCGCCAUUGAACGUCUGCCCACCAACUCUAAACGUAAAGACAAAGUGGCCCGUUCGGCCAGCAGUGAUUCGGCAUUGGGUUUGGAGGUCGAUGAAUCCCUUAUGGAUACUUCCGAGGUGGCGGUUCCCCCUCCACCAGGACAACAACAAAAACGUCGCAUGACUCUAACCGUUACAGACUUACCUCUACGGCCAGCUCUACUACCCUUGGCGGAGCCGACCACCCUACCGGACUCCCCACCCGUUGAUAUGCUCUCCAAUUUUAGUCUCUCCCAGACACAAGUACCUACCAAAGUUUUACUCGAGGAACGUGUUGUGGAAAUACCCGAAGAUCCCCGUUCCGGUGGCAGUUCGCGCCGUGAGUCGUCCCAGUCCUGCAUUUCCGAUUUCCCACCCGGUGAAAUGCAAGGUGUGCGUUUUGUACGCACCCCAUCUGUCGUGGUUUCCGACUAUUCCGAUGAUAUUAUGUGUGGCAUUACCCUGGAGGAAAUCGAAUAUUUUCGUGCCCAACGUAUGCGACGUCGCUCCUCAUUGGAUACCGCCGGCACCGAAAAAGAUGCGCUCGACAAUAACUCCGAUGUAAGUGCCGCCUCAUCGUGCAGCAAUCUCUACUAUUGUGGUUCCACGAUAUCCGCCUUGGACGGAGCCGAGUGUCUGGUGAAUGGUAUGCGUUUGCAGCUGGAGCGUAAAUCCUCUGAUUGUUCCAGCUGUUCGUUGGGCAGUGGCGAUGAGGAUCUCACCAUACCUGAACAACCCGAAGACUGUCAAGAUUUAUCGGAUAUGUUGGCCAAUCAACAUCUGUCCGGUAAACGACCGAAAAAGGUAGGUGCCACCACCACAGCGGGGGGAUUUUUAGCCGUAGAGAAUAAUACAAAUAAUAUACCCUGA